AUGGAAACCUCAUUUCCUGUGAUGAUGGAUUCCGAUCGAUCGAACCGUGGAGACCUCGGCGGGCCGCAGAUGGUCAUCCAACAAUAUGCUCGGUAUCCUCCGACCUUGGAAUCAACACUGCAGAGUGCUUCCUCUUUGGGAAGUGCUCGUAGUCAAAUAGAUAUCAACAAGUCACCUACUCUGCAGCGAAGAGAAACGCCAAGAAGCUUGCAAUCUUCGCCAAGAGGAAUGCGCUCCGUUCUACCUCCAUCAUCGGUCAGUCGCUUAGGGACAUCUAUGUCUCCACCAUUAUUUGACCCUCAUCGUCAUCACCCAGUGAAGGAUUCUUCCGAUCAAGCAGAGUCUCGUGUUCUCCCAUCGCGGGAGAUCACUGAUGAGAAUAUUGACGAUGCCUACGUGGCAUUCAUUCUAUACUGCAAUCCUAAUGUUCCAUCAUCUGUCGAUACAUCAGAGCUUCGGAAAACCUUUCGUUGUCUACCACGCAGCGAUGGUAAAAGCUUCGAUAUUUUUGCCCUAUUUGGACUCAUUCGAAGACGCCUCCAGAAUGAAGAGUUGAAGACUUGGAUUCAACUAGCAAUUGAACUGGGCGUGGAACCACCCGACAUGGAAAAAAAGCAAAGCACCCAAAAGGUCCAGCAGUAUACUGUCAGGCUCAAACGGUGGAUGCGUGCUAUGCAUAUUGAUGCUUUCUUUGAGUAUUGCUUGGGUCUUCCUCACUCCUACUACACGCAACUCCCACCAUCCGAUCACUUUGUAGGUGAGCCGCGGGAUGGUGUAGCAUUGGAAGAGGAUCUCGCUCUCGGAGCACUUGUACCCCAAUGGAAGCCAAAGCGCGGGCGGAAAAGGGUCGAGGACAGAGAUGGCGAGGAAGAGAAGGCAACUAAACGACCACAGUUAGAUACAUCAGUGGGCGCCCUACGACAAGGCAGCUUUCAUUCACAAUCCGUGGCAUUCCCGCAGAGUGCGAUUCCGUUCAGUGCAUUCCCAGACGAUAUGGAAUCCAACGACGGUUGGAUGACGACUAACUCCUCAUUUCCAAACGGGGCCGGACAAGAUCUGCGAUGGAGGCUACCUGACCGAGACGCUUCUCCUGCAAAUUAUCCCCAAUCUGCCAUUAUUCCGCGCAGCCAUCUACCAUCGGAUGCCUUAUUGUCUGCCGAACCGCGGUCAGCCAUCACUCCUUCAACUGGCGAAAAGAGCCGCGCUAGGAGACGACAUGGUCCAGCGGUUUCAUCAGCUUGGCCAAAUAGUAACGGUGUAUCUUCGGGGAAAGGCCGAGGUAGGCCACCAAACAAAGGAUCAUCAUCGGGCUCCUUCUCUACCUUUCAAGUGAAUACCAACCAGGAAUCGUCACAAACACCCAACUCUGAAUCACAGCCUACUCCACUCCUACUUGACACAAAUCCUCCGCAUCAUUUUCAAACCCCAUCCUACAAUCAAACUCCAACACUUGUUGUGCAGGGCAGACCCAAUAAACUUCAAUUGCAGGUCCCUCAGCAUUCUGGGGCCCCGGUACGACUUGCCACGCCGCCAAGGGUGGUAGUCAACGGUGUCAACGGUGCUGUCAUCACCGGCACUGAAGGCCCGAACGGCGGUCACCAACACAAUACAACAGAUAUUCAAAAUACUAGUAUGGUGCCUCCAACAUCUGCCGGUGGGCAAAACAACCCCAGAAAUCCUCCCAAUCCUUCCAUCGACGAUAUCGUCCGCGCACUCUCUACAGAAAUUUUCCGCGCCAGACUAGUAGGGCACCCGCACUCUAUUCAUCCCGACGAAGCCGCCGCCCUGGCUUCCGCAAUGGUGAUCAACCUAUCCUCGAUAUAUUCCCAAUUCCAACUCGGCACUCCUUCCCUGCUGCUAGCCUUCCACCUCGGGGUAGGCCAUCAUUUUGGUUUCUCGGGCACCCAUCCAGGGUCGUUGGUUAUAAAUGUGAAACGGAUCGCAAAUAAUGAUGAGAGCCGCGGUGCCAUCUCGAACGGGCAUUCCACCGGCUCUCAUUAUACCAUCUCUCACGAGUAUAAGACCUCAAACCAAUUCUCGAUGCAAAUCACUCUUGCAAAUAUCAACCCUGGUAUAGUUGGAUUGGAACACUCUGGUCAUGCAAGGGCGGUCGAGGCUCCGACUCAUGAUGCUAUCCACAAUAGCAAAACCGUGGAUCUCGACAUCGACAAUGACGAGUUCGGUGAGCCUGCCACUGAAGCAACGUGGAAACAUCGCUAUGCUAGACUUCGGGCUCAAAUGCAGAAAAAGGAGCAGGCUCUGUCGCAAUAUAAACGAAAUAUUGUGGAAUCUGUCAUGGCCGAUAUCUGA